UUACCGGCGCAAGACUGCAACUCUUAAUGUUAUAGUCAGCGCACAAAGAGCGUCCAAGAUGAGCUUUUUAACCUUUUUGCCGCUGUGCCUUGGCCUCCUGGUGAUCCUGCCCCGGCCCCUCGAAUCCCUGGAGCCUUUAACAAUGGGCGCCAUCGGAUUCGGGGCCCUGGGACUGGGUACUUAUUUCAAGGAGCACACGUAUUGCCGCUUUACCGAGUGCUGCGAUGAUCGCAGCAUUCCGGGUAAUAUCAAUCAGUUGCGAGCAUCUUUGGAGAGAUCCUUGUUCGGGCAGCACAUUGUGGCCCAGCAUAUAGUUCCGGCCCUAUUGGCCCACUUCAGCAAAAGCAGUAACUCCCGGAAACCACUGGUCAUCAGCUUCCAUGGACAGCCGGGAACGGGCAAGAACUUCGUUGCGGAGCAGAUUGCCCAGGCUCUGUAUUUGGAGGGCUCCAAGUCCAGCUAUGUGGCCAAGUAUCUGGGCCAGGCGGACUUCCCCCAGGCAGAGCGAGUGGGCGAGUACAAAGAGCGGAUCAAUCGGGAAGUGCGUCGGCACCUGCGCGAUUGCCCAAGAUCCCUGUUCAUCUUCGACGAAGUGGACAAGAUGCCCAGUGGGGUCUUCGAUACGCUCACCUCGCUGGUGGACUACAACGCCUUUGCCGAUGGCACGGAUAACACCAAGGCCAUCUUCAUUUUCCUGUCGAAUACGGCGGGCAUGCACAUAGCCGAUCAUCUGGGUAAUCUGAUGAAAGGCGGAAAACUACGAGAGGACACUCGCCUGAGUGACUUUGAACCUCUGGUGAAAACGGCCGCUUACAACUUGAAUGGCGGCCUGAAGAAGACCACCUUGAUCGAAGCCCAUGUUAUCGAUCAUUACAUUCCGUUCCUGCCCAUGGAGAAGGUCCAUGUGGUCAAGUGCCUGGAGGCCGAGUUCCGCCGUUGGAAUCGCUCGCCCGAUCGCCAGAUCAUCGAAGAUAUCAUGAGCUCUUCAAUUAGCUUUGAUCGCACGCAUGGCCUUUUCGCCAUUUCCGGCUGCAAAACGCUCGAGAAGAAGGUGGGCAUGGCCAUUAACUAGGGAAGUGAUGCCCCUUACACAUUUUGCAUUGUAUUUUUGAGACUAUUUUAUAGAAUAAAGUGAAACAGGUUUAACUACCAGGGAUUCAACCACUUGA